AUGGACAGCACUAUCCCAUGCGUUCGUAUGAAUGACACAGAAGAAACAUUAACUGAAAGUAUUACAUCCUCUACUGUUUCGCGAAAUUCAACUCAAACUAAAGGUGCUGACCCAUCAGCUAUAAGGUCAAUGCUAGGGGUUAAACCAGGCAACCGCUCAGGACUUUCGUCUCCUGGAGAGCUUCGCCGCAUGUAUACAGUAACAAAACAGUCGAGCAUGCUAAUGGGCGUUUUAAAAGGUGCUGGAGAAGGCAUUAGCGCUGCUAGCAGUACCUAUAAUACCCCCAAUGGCUCAGAUUCAAGUGUCGCGACUGAUUCGAACGUUCAAGACAUUGGUCUUCCGUUACGAAAUGAAUGCUUGACUGGCUCUAUACCCAUUCUGUACACUGCUUCAAACGAUUCAUCUGGCCAAGGAACACCACUAAACGCCAAAUCUCGUAAGCGUGAAAGUUCCAUGGCAUCCUCACUGAGUGGAUUAAACACCAGUCCAUCUGGGAAAUUUACUCCAACACAGAUUGGUCGCCAUAAACCUUCAAAUAGCAAUUCCAUAACUCAAAGUGCCAGUCAGCCUACAUUGGUAUUGAGUAAUCCCGAGUUGAACAUGGAUAUUUUUGACUCGAAAUAUCUGGCAGAAACACAAAAGCUGAUACCCGAAAUGGAUAUUUUGGGCCAAUCCAAAAUAAGAGACACAUGGAGUGCAAUAAAACAAAAGCGGAUGGAGAUGUUAGAAACAGUGCUUGCUAAAAUAUCCCAUCCAGUCCUGGGCAUCCAACAAAAAAAGAAAAUGCUAUCUAUUUCAAAAUAUACAAUGAGUUUCGCCGGAUCUGAUAUAUUUGACUGGCUUGUUGCCAACUGCAGAUUUUUGGUCAAAGAGGAAGCACUGAAAUUUGCACAAGAACUGAUGGAUUGUGGAUAUUUGAUAUCCACCGAACACGUUGAAAAAUUCGAUGCUUAUGCAUCUCAAUACGUUAUUCAGCAUCCAGCAUUUUGGCCUACGCGUGGUGGUUUACCUAAUGAUUAUGACUAUACAGUCAAUUUGCUCAAAAGAGGAUUACGCAACAAUAUUAGAGAUAUAUUAAAGUUUUACGAAGAGGAAAGAUUGGAUAUACUCAGGAAAUCGUACCAUACUGUGUGGUAUGAAAUGGAGGGCAAAGCCUUAUUUGAGCUCAAGCAUGAGAAAGGCAUGAAGGCGGGUGAUCGAAGGAUGUUCAGAGUUCAAGAAGCUGCAUUUUGGAGACUUCACAGAUCUGCAGAUUCAUUGACAGAAAAAGAACAACUUAAAUUUCUCGAAAGAAAACUGGAACAGCUUCAAGUAUCAGUCACUCAAAACAGACUCAAAAUCUCCGAGACUUGUAAAAGUAUUGUACAUCGAUGCAAUAUUUUUAAAGCAGUUGAUGCUAUGCUUAGCGCGUGUUCUAACCCAUGGAUUCAAGACGAUCCAUUAUUAUGGGAUGUGGUGCGCACCACCCCUAGACGAUGUGAUGUAGUCUUGUGGUGUUACUCUUUGGAGAAUUUACUAAACGAUCCUUUAGGCUUAAAAUACUUUAACGAUUUUCUAGCAAAAGAGUUUUCACAGGAAAACUUGCAUUUUUAUCUGAAAUGCCGCGGCAUGGGCGAGGCAGCAUCCAACAAAGAAUUCAGCGACCGCGCCAUACUCACUUACCUUCAAUUCAUCAAAGUAGGUUCACCAAACGAACUUAACAUUAAUUCUAAUACCCGAUUGGCCAUUUCCGCCAUUUUUGAACCAAAGGACAGUCCCCCACCAACAAAAAUUCCGUUUGAUUGCUUUGAUGAUGCAUGCGAGCAUGUGUUUGCACUAAUGGCCAAAGACUCCUACUCAAGAUUCUGCAACUCGGACACUAUUCAAGCUCUUUUGGAAAAUUCCCCAGUUAUAUAA